CCAUCUCAAUUCCAUACAACGGGUUCAACCGACUUCUCAUUUUCGGUGUAAUUCAGUAUCAAAAGUCAAAUUAUAAAAAGAUAGAAUAUUUACUAUGAAGAUGUCUUUCGCUAUACAGCAAUCUGAAAUCCGAUGUUAGGUAGGUACCUAAUGACGGGCCCCGCGGAAUCCAAAUAACUUUAGGCCUCGGCCGCGAAACCUGCGUUCUUGUCCUGAUGUCACUUGACUUAGCCGGACGGCAAUGCAAACUUCUACUUUACUACUGCUGAGGCACAAUAUUCCUCUUUCCGAGAUUUUGAUCUUGAAAGUAAUAAGGUUUCCUCGUUUAGCAGAUGCCGGCUUCUAUGAACACACGGCGGUUGGAGGGAGGGUUCAAAAUGAAAAUAUUCACUAGCGCUCGGCAGUUCCUAUCAGGGACGAAGAACGAUUCAAAGUCUAAACCUCCCUAUCUCCUUUCGAUACGAUCCUCAACGACCCUAAUUAUACUCACCGUGAGCUUGGCGAUCUUCACCGAUAUUUUUUACUACGCCUUGAUCGUCCCAGUCAUCCCAUUCUCUCUCACGGUCCAAGUUGGAAUCGCCGAGGACCAAGUGCAAAGUUGGACGUCGAUUCUUAUAGCUUGCUACAGCGUAGCCUUGUUCAUCGGCAGCCCUGCAGCUGGAAUUUAUGCCGACCACACGUCGUCGCGGCGAUGGCCUCUGCUGCUUGGUCUAGUCGCGCUUGCUGCGUCGACUUUGCUCCUGUGUUUUGGGAAUUCGAUAGGUCUUCUGGUUGUGGGCCGGAUCCUCCAAGGGCUUAGUGCAGCUAUUGUCUGGAGUGUGGGGUGUGCGCUGCUCGUCGAUACCAUGAAGAGCAAUGUAGGUGUCGCUAUGGGGUACGUCAGCGUAGCGAUGAGUGUCGGGUUGCUUAUCGCCCCCGUCAUUGGCGGUUCGGUUUACGCCGCAGCAGGAUAUUAUGCUGUUUACUACAUCGCCUUCGGCGUUGUUGUAUUAGACGUCCUACUACGACUAGUGAUGAUUGAGAAAAAAGUCGCUAGACAGUGGAUCGAAGAGGAUGAAUCAUCCAGUCCUUCAGAAGCAGGGACUGGCAGGGUCGACAUAGAGGCGGGCACCUCGCCCACCACCACGACGAGCCGUGAAGGCUACCAGAAUUCCGUUAAAGCGAGUGAAAUACAUAAUCCCACGGAGCCGAGUCCAACGGAUUAUAACCAGCUUCAACAGGGCAAUAAUGAAGAAAAACGGAUAGAAACAGCAAGCAUGACAAAUCAUGAUUCGGCAGCACACUCAGAGGGUAUCAGCAUGUGGUGCGCUGCGAAAAGCCUCUUAAAAUCCACGAGGUUAUUCGCUGCGCUAUAUUGCCUUGUCGUCGAGUCUGGUCUCAUGAUGGGAUUCGAUGCUACGUUAGCUUUAUUCGUUCAACGCACCUUCCAGUGGAAUUCCACUGCUGCUGGAAUCAUGUUUCUAGCAAUAUUUGUCCCCGGUUUCAUCUCUCCACUGGUUGGUUGGCUGGCGGAUAAGUAUGGUGCCAGGUGGCUGUGUGUCUUUGGGUUCUGCCUUCUAAUACCACUGCUCGUAUGUCUCCGUUUCGUCACGGAGAACAGUAUUGGGCAUAAGGUACUUCUUUGCGUUUUGCUUGCCAUUUCAGGCAUUGCGCUUGCAUUUGCAAAUGUCCCUCUUAUGGCUGAGAUUACCUACGUUAUUGAGGCUAAGGACGCUGAGAAACCGGGAAUAUUUGGAGAAAAGGGUGUUUAUGGGCUUGGCUACGGGCUUUUCAACAUGGCUUUCUCGCUCGGGGGCGUAAUAGGACCGUUAUGGGCUGGUUAUCUUGUGGAGUCGGCAGGAUGGGGAACACUGACUUGGAGCUUUGCUGUCUGGGCAGCAUCAGGGGCAGUGGUAUCUUUUUUCUGGCUUGGUGAUAAAGAUAAAAAGACAGGGGAGACGAAUACAAGCCAACAAAGGGAGGCAACAAGCUGAUGAUACAUACCUCUUACGAUUCAUACGAUGAAAAUUUGAUACGCUCGCCCACUUCACUCUGAGUUAUAAUUAUCAAUAGAUGGAUACCUUGAAUAUGUCCUCUUCACCCCAGACUUCAUGCUUACAGUUUAGGACAUAACGAUGACCACGGCGGGAACGUUCCAGCAGCGGCUAUAAGGCUAAGAAUAGGAUAACACAGUACAAAAGCGUAUGAUCAAGUGACUUCAUACUCUGCCCCAUAGGUGCUAGAACUAACUUUCGUCCUGUUAACCGCCAGCCUUAGGGUCCAAAAGAUUUCUCUUUUCAUAAGGCCUUUAGUUACGACCUAUAUCCGCUG